UGAGGUUUGAGGGAUCAUUUACCCAGCAAUACGUUCGGUCUCCUUCAGCUGAUGGAAAGACAACGAGAAUCAGCUGAUCUGUCACCACGAUGAUCUAACCGUCCUCGUCUCUCUUCGGUGGAGACAAGUUUAGAGAGAAUAAAAAAUAUACAUGCUAUUAUUGGAAGUGGGGGUGGUGCUAAAGUGUACAUAAUCUUGGUCCGGGGCGACGCUUCGAAGAAAUGUUAUCUUCUUUAUUCUUAUUCUCUCUCGUCAGUUGUCAAGUAUAUCUCUGAGAGUGAGCAUUACGAUCGUUGUCGGUCGUCGUUGAUUUUUCCUUUUCUUCUUUGUUUUCAUCUGCGGAACUGUCAAAAGAACAUCAUCGUAGUAUUCUCAACCAGUGUGCACUGUUAAAAAUCUAACGGGUGCGCAGUAUUCCACUGUUCCACAACAACAAUCCGUGUAUAAAUAUGGGAAACGACAAACUCGUACAGUUACCCGUGGAAAUUGUCAUGGACAUCAUGUCGUAUCUCUCGGUAUCGGAUAGAAUGCACGCUCGUCUAGUGUGCAAAGAUUGGCACGAUGCUUCCUUGAGCUCCAAGUACAUAGACAAAGAAGUUUUGAUUGUGAACAGAAGAGGCUCAGAAGACAAUCUGAAGAGGAUGGUAUCAGUAUUAAAAAAUUCUUACAGACCGUUUCUUCAUUUCGUAUUCAAAGAAGUGGAGCUUAGAAGAAGCUUACCCAUUUGGGAUCGGUUUGGAGCCAACAUGAGAAGUUUAGUUUUGGUUUGCUGUUCCCUGAGUGAAAAAACGCUGGUAGAAAUUCUAAAAUGUUGUAAAAAUUUGCGAGUGUUACACAUAAAUGCUUGUCGGGAGUGUUUAAUGCUCGGGCGAUUAUUGGACGACGAGAAAGACGUGAAAGAGAUAUCAUCGAAUUUCCAUUCGCUGGUUCAACUGAGUUUGGGUUCGAAUCGAUAUUUGAGCGACGCUCUGUUCAACAGACUCGUCUCGAUAUGUCCGAAUCUUCAAUCCCUCAGUCUAUUCGACUGUCAAAUUUCUUUUCAUUCAGGAUUGUACAAAAAGUUUUAUCCGAACAGUGGCUCAGUCGAGCAAGCAUCGGAAUCAGUGCUAACAUUUAUCAACGUUCUGAGCUACAUAAAGAAGCAAGCGAAAUAUUUGAAACACGUUAAUUUCGGUAGCACGCUGAUCGACGGAGUCGCGUUGGGAUCUUUGGCAAUGGUGGAGAAUUUGAAACUUGAAUCAUUGCGAUUGCCAUCGUGCGAUCAACUUACGAGCGCAGGACUUCGAUGUCUCGCUAAUCAAUCGACCCUCAGAGAACUCGAUCUGAGUUAUUGCAGCAGAGUCACCGAUGCUUCUCUCGUUUGCAUCAGUCAAAAUCUGACCAAUCUCGAAAUUCUCAUUAUUCGACGAUGUCGAGGUAUCACCGACCUUGGAAUUUCUCAAUUAAACCAUCUUCGUAAACUCUGUUCGUUGGAUAUUUCCGAAUGCGAUCAAUUGACCGGCCAAUGCAUCGUUGAAGGUCUCUGCAAAUCUCCCUUCUAUAGAACCAACACAACCGAUGAACUAUCGAACGAAAAUUGGGAAAAUUUCAACCCAAAUUCCAAGGACGUCGAAAAACAAGAAAAUAGAGAAUCUUCCGAUACAGACAAAUUCGUUAAUCGUAAAUUGGAAAGUUUAUCCGCCAAUGCUCUCAAUCUCGAUGAAAAAGCUAUCGAGUGCAUUGCGUUCAGUUUUCCACAAUUGAAGUUACUCGAUAUCGGGUAUUGCUUCAGCGCAGUUACCGACAAAACUAUCCAGAUGAUAUUCAAAGAGCUGGUACUCCUGAGAAGCUUGAGGAUAAGUAGAUGCGACAAAGUGAGUGACGCAGGACUGACAGGAAUGGGUGCAAGUUCACGAACGAACGUUGUAAUAUCGACAAAAGCUGACAGAAGCGUCGAAUUGCCUGGUUCGAAGCUAAAAAUAAGAUUAGGAUCUCGAGCUGAAGAAGACAUUCUUUUAGAUGCACAUCGAAAGAGAGAAGUUAUGGAAAUGUGUGAAGAUUCAAUAACACCUACAGAUCAUGAAAUAUCUCUAGGUUUUUCAUUAAUUCGCUUACGAGGUAUAAAGGAACUUAAUUUGUCCGGAUGUAAUCGCGUCACAGAUGUCAGUCUCAAGCACGCAUUUAAGUUUUCUGAAUUACGGAUAUUGGAUCUAAGCAUGUGCCAACAGAUUACCCACGUUGGAUUGGAUUAUUUGACGAAGAAUAAUCCAGCUAUCGAGGACUUGAAUCUUUCGCAAUGUCACAAUGUCACUGACACUGGAAUAUUGUACGUUUCUCAGAGGCUACACAGACUAAAACGACUUCAUUUACAGAGUUGCUCACAGCUUACGGAUCACAGCUUGGAUUCCAUAAAAUUAUAUUGCAAAAAUCUGCAGUAUUUCGAUGUACGAAACUGUCGCAGUAUAUCUAUUGCUGGAAUUGAAAGCCUCUGCCAUUUGCACGUCAAUUAUACCGAACAGAGAGAUGUAAUAUUAGGCAACGCCUUCGAAAUACCCGAGCCACCUCUUAUGCGUAGAUAAUCAUGUCCAAUUAUCUAUUCAACUGUAGCUUUAAUUGAUUACGUCACUUUUAGACACUUUGGAGGAAUGCUAACGAUUUCAUAUAAAUUCAUACUUUUAACACCUUCUUCGACUGAGAUAUCUGCUUUUGUAAACAGUUUCAAUGAACGAUAGCCUUUUCGACGUUGUUAUAAUCUACCAUGUAAAUAUAUGAAAAUGAAAGUUGAAUUGGCAUGACAGAAAUUCAUUCGAGAGCAUCGAUCCAGAGAAAAUUAUGAAUACGAUAAAUUUGAUUGAAAAUUUGUCCACAAAUGUAAUCAAAUCAUUUUCGGUAUGCAAUUAUUCAUUGUUCGAUAUUUCGAGAAAUGCUUAUCUUAGUUAUAAGUUUAUAAAGAUGAAAUUCACUGAAACUUGGUACGAAGACAAAGUAUUGAUAAAAAAGUAAUUUUUAAGCGUUUCAGAUUUUUUAAUGCUUUGCAAAAGCUUUGUUGAGAAAUUGAUAUAUUUUUUAUCGAUACUGAGUAUAAAUAAUCAAAUGUUUCUUUGUGAAGAAAAAAUUCGGCAAUCUGUAAUUUAGCGAACUACUAUAGUGAACGGAGUAUUUGGUUGCAGGAUGUAUGAAUUUUUAAUAGUGCAAUAACUCGUGUAGGAUAAUUGAACUUAUUACGAUUUGUUUGAAACUAGAAAAACACGAGUCGAAUAGUCUUAUCUUGUAGUUGCGAAUGAUAAGAUUGUUUAUUUUAUACUUUUUGUAAUAUGAAAAUAGAGAUGAAGCACGUGUAGUGUUGGUUCGAUGAGUCACCAAAAUUACUGCGAGAAAAAAUUAAUCAUCGUUUCGUUUCCAUUUUGCAACCAAGGUUUAAUUCUUUGAUUUUCACAAUUAGUAUUUUGAACAGUUACAUGAACAGGUUCGUGUAAGUUAUUAUUCUAGUCAAAACGUCCAGAAUUCAAUGUUUUAGAUAGGGUCCAAUUAACUCAUACUGUAUUCUAUUUUUUUUAAACGAUUAUUUAUUCCUGCAAUUAAUUGAGAUAUCUCAUGAUAUGCAAUAAAUACUUUUGCAAUUGUUUUUUCUCA